CGAUUACCAGUCGUAGCGGCUGAUAGUCCGAUUCAAGUCACAUCAACACAUGUCAUAAGAACUGAUCAAGGAAUGGAAUUCCACAUGAAUGAGAUGAGUGUGGUGUAUACUGCUCAACAGAAUGGGAGGGUUGAGAGGAAACAUCAACACCUUCUGAAUGCUGCCAGAGCUUUAAAGUUUCAAUCUGGCUUACCUCUUCUGUAUUGGAGUGAUUUCAUCCUCCAUGCUGCUUAUCUCAUCAACAGGACACCAACCCCAGUUCUAGAUAACAAAACUCCUUUUGAGAUUUUAUAUCAGGUACCACCUGAUUACAACAGUCAUAGAGUUUUUGGCUGUCUUGCCUAUGAUGCAACAGUUGGUCCUACUCGAACCAAGUUUGCUCCCAGAGCCAAGAAGUGCAUUUUUCUGGGUAUUCCAAGUGGCAUAAAAGGAUACAAGCUACUGGAUCUUGACACUAGACGUGUGUUCAUCUCUAGAGAUGUUGUUUUCUAUGAACAGAUCCUAGCCUACAAGUCUUCUACUUCCCCUACUUCUUCUAUUCAAACAUACUCAUCUUCUCCUCUUGAUCUGCCUUCUCAUGAUUCAUAUCAUUCCUUCCUUUUUCCUUCUUCACCAUCUCCUUCCUCACCAUCUUCUUCAAAUCACCAGCUGUCUGAGGAGGGCAUAUUUACUACUCCUACUUCUUCCAUUUCACAUCCUGCUAGUUCCCCUGAUGAGAAUAGUUCUCAGUCAAGUUAUACUCCUUCUCCUCUUUCUUUUUCUCCAUCUCCUUUUCCUCACGAGGAUCCACCAAUUCCUCUCUAGAAAAUCCCUCAGAAACAUUAAACCACCAGCUUGGCAUGAUGAUUAUGAAGUUUAAUAUCCCAUUCAUCAAGCUCUCUCUUACACUCAUCUCAAAUCAAAACAUCAGUGUUUUGUUAACAUUCUGAGUACUGAGGGAGAGCCAAGUACCUAUCUGCAAGCAUCUCAGGAUCCUAGAUGGAACAAUGCCAUGAUUAAAGAGAUUAAGGCAUUGAUUGAAAAUGAAACCUAGGAUAUUGU